AUGGGAAGAACGAAAGGGUUUAAAGUCUUAAAGAAAGCUGCUGAAGAAUUUGUGAAUUUUAAGCCUCCAAAAGUAAGCGAUAAAAUUCACACACAUCCCAAAGUACUUGAGAUCCACAACCAAUUGACUAAGCCUUUAUUGCCAUUAAAAUACAAACUUCAAGAAUUGCCAAGCCCUGAUACCACAUGGAAUACUCCUCUAGGAGGAACAAAUGCCAUUCCUUUUCAAAUUUCAAGAACAUGGACAGGGAAUUUGCCAGUGUACACUGAGUUUAGAAAUGAUAGAUCAAGAAAAUUGACAAUUAUUAGAAAAAUCUUGGGAGAUGUGGAAGAGUUCAAGACUGAGCUGCAAAAAGUUGUAAGCAACUCACCAAUAUAUGAGAAAAACGGUAGAAUUGAGGUGAAAGGAUUACAUUCUGAGAGUGUCAAGCUUUGGCUGAGGAAAUUAGGAUUUUAA